ACUCUUUCUUUCUUGUUUUUAUUUUUCUCUCUUCUCCCACCUCGUCCGAUCCCAAAAAAAAAAAAACACAACACACCAUAACAGGAGCUGAGAAAGAGGGUUUGACUCUUCUUUUAAGGCAACCAAGGAAACAGGAAUGUCAGAUUUGGCGAUAAAGCUGUUUGGCAAGACGAUUCCACUGCAAGUCAAUCAGCAGGAGGAUGUUUCUUGUGCUGCUAACAAGUACGAGUCCUCCUCAGGAACGCCUCCCGAGUCCGAGGACUGUUAUGAUAAUACUGCUACUGCAACUUCCUCACAUGAAAACCACAACUCUCAUAAGGAACGAGGAGAGCAAGAAGGGAACAACAACAGGGAGACUUCAGGAGAGGAAAUUGCCAAUGAUAAACAAGAAGAUGUUACCUCGAAUCAGAUCAACAAGGACUCAAAAGGUCCAACAUCAUCAGGCAUUAGUGAGAACCCAAAGACUCCCUCAGCUGAGAGGGAAACUUCAUCACUGAAAAGCAGCAAGAAUGAAGAACAAAGUGAGACAAGCAUCUCGCAAGAGAAGACUUUGAAGAAGCCUGACAAAAUACUUCCAUGCCCUCGAUGUAAUAGCAUGGACACUAAAUUCUGUUAUUACAACAAUUACAAUGUCAAUCAGCCUCGUCAUUUCUGUAAAAACUGUCAGAGAUACUGGACUGCUGGAGGAACCAUGAGGAAUGUGCCUGUGGGAGCUGGAAGGCGCAAGAAUAAGAGCUCUUCUGCUUCACACUAUCGUCACUUAAUGGUAUCAGAAGCUCUCCGAACAGCUCAAGUCCAUGCCAUGAAUGGAUUUCAUAACCCCUCUCUGGGAAACAACGGCACUGUCCUUACCUUUGGUUCCGAUUCUCCUCUUUGUGAAUCUGUUGCCUCUGUGUUGAACCUUUCAGAGAAAACACAAAAUAGUGUUCGAAACGGGUAUCAUAGACCUGAACAUAGAAUCCUUGUGUCUUGUGGAGGGACAGGAGGUGACGGGGAUGAUCACUCAAGUGUAUCUUCCGCCACGGCUUCAAAUUCAUCAGAGAAGGGAUGCAAUGGUACUUCGCGAGAAGCGGUUAACAAGGAUUAUCAAUCAUUUCCUCCCCAGGCACCCUGCUUCCCGGGGCCUCCUUGGCCAUAUCCAUGGAACUCUGCGAUUACUCCACCUACGUUUUGCCCUUCAGGCUUUCCAGUAUCGUUUUUCCCUGCACCAGCUUACUGGGGUUGUACUGUUCCAAGCCCUUGGAAUGUACCGCCAUGUGCAUCCUCUCCAUCAGCCACUCUAAACCACAGUACCCAAAGCUCCAGUCCUACUUUUCCACUGGGGAAACAUUCAAGGGAUGGCAACAUCCUUAAUCCACCCUGCUUAGAAGAGCCCUCCAGGGACGGCACCAAAUCAGAAACGGGUGUUUUGGUUCCAAAGACCUUGAGGAUUGAUGAUCCUAGUGAAGCUGCAAAGAGCUCUAUAUGGGCGACCCUCGGGAUCACGAAUGAGAAAUCCAGUUCUAUUAAUGGAGGAGGUCUCUUCAAGGGCUUUCAGUCAAAAAGCGAAGACAGAAAUUACAUGGCAGGAACAACUUCAGUGUUGCAAGCGAACCCUGCUGCGUUUUCCCGGUCUCUCAAUUUCCAUGAGAACACUUGAUGAGAGAUCAGCUAAGUUGUACACUUUCUACUAUAACAGUAAUGCAAUGAAAUGGAGUUUUUCAUCAGAGUGCUGUAGCUUCUAAAUCUCAACGAAUUUGUGUUCCCUUUUACACUAGAAGGUUGACACUUACAUCACCAGAAGGCCACCUUAUUGACAGAAUUCCUACAGAGAAAAGAACCCAGAAUAGCGUGUCCCUAUUUUGACUCUCAAGAAUAGCAUAGCCACCUCUGACAGGACCAUGUACUUCCCUGCCACUUUAAGACCAGUAGUUUUUCCUUAUCCAUCUUAGAUGAUAUCUGUUUCCUAAGUUUUUCAUGUACAUGGUAUCUUAGAUGUUUAUAUAUUUAUGUAAGUGUGUGAGAUAACUUGACAGAAGAGAGAUUCUUGGUUGUAACAAAAUCCUUCUCUUUGUAGAAUAAACUUGUAAAUCUCAUUUAGUA